UCUCGAGCUUGCGACGAGAAUCUGAAGUCGUUUCACCUCCCGGUGAAGAUUGUUUCUUGUCGCCAUGGCUGGCGAAGACGCCAAAGCGGAUGAUGAUGAUCUGGAGAUGAUCGGCGAGAACGAUCCUCGUGUGAAGAAGUUGCAGGAACUCGCUUGGAGUCUCCAAACUGUGACAAAUCGACCUGCAAACAGAUUACCGGAGGACGCCAAACGCGCGGCCUAUCGAGUCACAAGUCGAGCCCUGGCCUUGUGCAACAACGCAGAAUAUGUGGAGGUGGAGGACUUCGUGAAGCGUGCGAAAGUCUUGAGCAAGGAAAUCGAGGACAAGAAGAAGGAGAUGCAAGAGAUUGAGGAGGCGAUCAAGACCGACUUGAGCGGCAAAUGCUUCCGGUCCACAGGUGGAGGAGGCUAUGUGAUUGCACCUCGCUCCACCUGAGUGCGAAUCCGUUGCACGUGUAGCUCGCGGAAUUCGUUGAUCUUGAGUCUCACCCGUGUUAAACCACACAAGUUCUGAGCGAUCGGAACUCAGAUUUCUGACUUCAGCGCAGUCUGCGCAACGCACGCGCAACGUCAGGUUCACCAAGCCGGCGACCUCGCGGUGAACUACUCCACGCAAGAAACAAACACACCGUGUAGAAUAAUGUUAAGGAGUUCCUAGUAGCGUCCUUGCUCCUAGUAGCG